GAAAGCGGGGCAGCGCCGGGGCAGGAGGGCAGCGCAGGGCAGGGCAGGCCGGGCCGAUCGCGAGCGAGCGAGGGAGCAGGAGCAGCAGUGCUGAGCAAAGACUUUCCAUCCCUCGCCUCCUUGAUCUCGUUCUUUUAUCGUCUGUUUGCCCUAGAACCAUCGUUCAGCUCUCCCAUCCUCUGCUCUCGGCUGCUCCGUCAAUCGGUGGUCGUUCGGUUGUGAAAUUUCGGUCGCUGGGAAAAAUCUUUGCAGAACGAGGCUUGGCCACGGGCACCGAGGUCUAAAAUUUGAGUUUCAGGUCUAGAGCUUGUGGAUCUCCACCAUGGGCAAGGGACCAGGAUUCUACUCGGAGAUUGGGAAGAAAACCAAGGACCUUCUGACGAAGGACUACACUUAUGACCAAAAGUUUACGGUCAACACAGCUACCUCGGCUGGAUUGAACUUCGUGACCACCGGAGUCAAAAAGGGUGAAGUAUUUGCCGCGGAUAUCAGCACCAACUUCAAGAGGAACAACAUCACUGCUGAUGUCAAAGUUGACACCAAGUCGAAUAUUUUGGCGACUGUGACUGUCGACGAAUUCACCGCUGGUGCCAAGUCGAUUUUCAGCUUCACUAUUCCCGAUCACAAGUCUGGAAAGGUUGAGGUACAAUACUCCCAUGAUCAUGUCGGUAUCACCAGCAGCAUUGGCUUAACGCCAAACCCCCACGUAGAUGUCACCGCUGCCAUUGGAAGUGAAGGACUUGUCGUUGGUGGAGAGGUAGGCUACGACACAGCAACAGGUCGGCUUACCAAGUACAACGCCGGUGUCGGUUUCACGAAGCCGGACUUCAGCACUGCAGUCACUCUGAUCGACAAGGGUGACACUGUGAAAGCCUCGUACCUACACCUGAUCAACCCCGCUUCACGGACGCAAGUAGCUGCUGAGAUCGCUCACAAGUUCUCGAAGAAUGAGAACACAUUCACCGUUGGUGGUUUGUACGAAUUGGACCCUUUGACUACUCUGAAAGGACGGUUGAACAACCAUGGUAAGAUGGCUGCCCUUCUUCAGCACGAGUGGAGGCCGAAGUCGUUGGUCACUAUUUCUGGUGAGGUUGAUACCAAGGCUCUUGACAAGAGCGCGAAGAUUGGUUUGGCUCUGGCCCUCAAGCCUUGAAAGAGAAACAGAGAAACAGUUCAAAUGCUCUGCCCGUCCGAGAUAUGGUGCGUUGUGAUUUUUGACCUGGAAGUUGUGAAUGUUUUCUCUGCGACUCCUUUCGUAUGGCAGAGGAAGGUCACAAUACAAAGAGAAUAAGCAUUAAUUAAUGCUGCACAAUUUUUACAUAAAGAGAUUUCUUUUCGCUUAAUAUCGUUCGUUACCACCCAGCCCUUCUCCACGUGCAUUUGUUAGAGUGAUGCUAUCCGAAGUAGGUUGGGAUAUUGUGACUUGAAGUUGUGGACUGAAUAUAUGUCCUUUGUGCAAAGCUCCUUCUUUUUGUAGUAGCUGGCGGAACGUUAAGAUACAUAUGUAGUUCAGAUCAAGCAAGGCUGAUAUCUGGUCGGUAGUGGUGUCCGAACCUGCUACUACUUUUCCCAGACUCAUGCCCGGAUGCAAUUAUAUUUUGAGAGGAUGAAAAGAACAAUGUCUCUUCCAGAUU